CGGGCCAAUGACAGGCGGCGAGGCGAACACCCGCGCGAGGCCCCGGGGCGCGUCACGGCGGGCGGCGGCGGCGGCGGCGGCGGCGGCUACGGCCGCAACUUCCCGGCUCCCGCCGUCGCCCGCCGCACGCACGCGCACUGCGCCCAGCAUGCGGGUCGCUGCUCUGAUCAGUGGUGGAAAGGAUAGCUGUUACAAUAUGAUGCAGUGCAUUGCUGCUGGGCAUCAGAUUGUUGCUUUAGCAAAUCUGAGACCAGCUGAAAACCAAGUGGGGUCAGAUGAACUGGAUAGCUACAUGUAUCAGACAGUGGGUCAUCACGCCAUUGAUUUGUAUGCAGAAGCGAUGGCUCUUCCCCUCUACCGCCGCACCAUAAGAGGAAGGAGUGUGGAUACAGGACGAGUGUACACCAAAUGUGAAGGUGAUGAGGUUGAAGAUCUCUAUGAGCUUUUGAAACUUGUUAAGGAAAAAGAAGAAGUAGAGGGGAUAUCAGUAGGUGCUAUACUUUCUGACUAUCAGCGUGUUCGAGUAGAAAAUGUGUGUAAAAGGCUUAAUCUCCAGCCUUUAGCUUACCUUUGGCAGAGAAACCAGGAAGAUUUGCUCCAAGAGAUGAUAUCAUCUAACAUUCAAGCAAUCAUCAUCAAAGUAGCAGCUUUGGGUUUAGAUCCAGAUAAGCAUCUUGGAAAAACCCUGGAUCAAAUGGAACCUUAUCUCUUAGAGCUUUCUAAGAAGUAUGGAGUCCAUGUUUGUGGAGAAGGUGGAGAGUAUGAAACAUUCACUUUGGAUUGCCCUCUAUUUAAGAAGAAAAUAAUUGUGGAUUCAUCAGAAGUGGUCACACAUUCAGCUGAUGCAUUUGCACCUGUUGCUUAUCUACGCUUUUUGGAAUUGCACUUGGAGGACAAGGUGUCCCCAGUGCCUGACAACUACAGAAAAUCUAAUUAUAUACAUAAUUCUUGAAGAACAUUUUUGGACAUUUUUUACUAAGCUACCAUUUCUGUAUGAAAAAAACUACAUAGCAUUUUCUCAGCUAUUAUAUCCAGCUCUUUCUCUGCAUUUUUUUUGUUCUAUAAAGAAAUUUUUUUUGUUAUAUAAAGAAAUAUAUAUCUUCAUCAGAAGAAGUUAAUAGAAACAUUGAUUAAUUGGGGAAAUGUGAAAGCCUCAUUCGUUAUUAUUGGUGACUUCCUCAGGGUUCACUUUCUCUGACUUUAGUUACCAUGUCCUAUCCAUGACUGUACAUGGUAAGUGCCCUUUUUUCCCCUUUUACUUCCUCUCUGUCAUUUCUGUAACAUUUAUUUGCUUUCAUCCCAUUGUUUUAUUUUACUCCUUCUCUCUUUCCUGCUCUCCCCUCUGCCAAUUAUAUAAUGAUGCAGAGCAUUUGAAAAUGAGAAUGAAAAGGCAGUCACUUUACUUAGCCAAUCAAGUUUAUUCUACUGGAUGUUACUGACAUGACUUGUCAUUUUUGUUUCGAUAUAGUAUUCAUUUUUUUUUUUUUUUUUAGUGUGUCUGUUUCUUUAUUAUGUUCAGUUAGCCGGCAUGUAGUACAUCAUUAGUUUUUUUUUUUUUUUAAACAUGUAUGAUUCUUUUUUUUUAUUCUUAUGUUAAUCCCCAUACAUUACAUUAUUAAUUUUAGAUGAAGUGUUCCAUGAUUCAUUGUUUGUGCAUAACACCCAGUGCUCCAUGCAGAAUGUGCCCUCCUCAAUACCCACCACCAGGCUAACCCAUCCUCCCACCCCCCUCCCCUCUAGAACCCUGUUUUUCAGAGUCCAUCGUCUCUCAUGGUUCGUCUACCCCUCCAAUUUCCCCCGCUUCAUUCUUCCCCUCCCGCUACCUUCUUCUUCUUCUUUUUUUUUUCUUAACAUAUAUUGCAUUAUUUGUUUCAGAGGUACAGAUCUGAGAUUCAACAGUCUUGCACAAUUCACAGCGCUUACCAGAGCACAUACCCUCCCCAGUGUCUAUCACCCAGUCACCCCAUCCCUCCCACCACACCACCCACUCCAACAACACUCAGUUUGUUUGAUAUAGUAUUCAUUUUAUCAACAGUAUUGGGCAAUCAGGAAGAAUAUCAUUAAAUCUUACUGAUUAUUUUAUAACAAUGAAAAAUACAAUUUUUAUAUCCAGUGGAAAAAGGUCUUUUCAACAAAUAGUAUUAGACAGCCACAUGCAAACGAAUGAAACUGGACCACUUUUUUACACCAUACACAAAAAUAAAUUCAAAAUAGACUAAAGACCUAAAUGUGGGACCUGAAACCACAGAAAUCCUAGAUGAGAACACAGGCAGUAACCUCUUUGACAUCGGCCAUAGCAGCUUCUUUCUAGAUAAAAGCUCCUAAGGCAAGGGAAACAAGAGCAAAAAUAAACUACUGGGACUUCAUCAAAAUAAAAAGCUUCUACACAGUAAAAGGAGCAAUCAACAAAACUAAAAGGCAACCUAAGGAAUGGGAGAAGAUAUUUGCAAAUGACAUAUCUGAUAAAGGGUUAGUAUCUGAAAUAUAUAAAGAAUUUAUAAAAUUCAACACCCAAAAAACAGUCCAGUUAAAAAAUGGGCAGAAGACAUGGACAGAUGUUUCUCCAAAGAAGACAUACAGAUGGCCAACAGACACAUGAAUAAAUGCUCAACAUCACUCAUCAUCAGGGAAAUGCAAAUCCAAACUACAAUGAGAUAUCACCUCAUACCUGUCAGAAUGACUGAAAUCACACAAGAAGCAGCAGAUAUUGGCAAGGAUGUGGAGAAAGGGGAACUGUCUUGCAAUGUUGGUGGGAAUGCAAACUGGUGCAGCCACUCUAGAAAACAGGUGGAGGUUCCCCAGAAAGUUAAAAAUAGAACUACCCUACAAUCCAGCAAUCUCACUACUGGGUAUUUACCCAAAGAAUACAGAAAUACUAAUUCAAUGGGAUACAUGCACCUCCAUGUUUAUAGCAGCAUUAUCUACAAUAGCCAACUUAUAAAAAAUUUUUUUGGUAUUAUCUGUGCUGACCUUAGACAACUUUAUUUUGAAUAGACUUAAUUUUUUACAGCAAUUUUGGAUUCACAGAAAAAUUGAGCAGAAGGAACAGAGAGUUCCCAUAUGCCCCCAGCCCUCACACAUGUACAGCCUUCCCCACUGUCAACAUCUGGCGCCAGAGUGGUGCAUUUAUUACAGUCGAUGAACCCACACUGACACAACUUUAUCACUCAAAGUACAUAGUUUACAUUAUGGCUUACUCUUAAUAUUGCACAUUCUGUGGGUUUGAGCAAAUGUAUAGUGACAUAUAUCCACCAUUAUGGCAUCAUACAAAAUAGUUUCACUGCCCUAGAAAUCCUCAGUGCUCUGCCUAUUCAUCCUUUCUUUCCCUCUUACCCCUGGUAACCACUGAUCUUGUUACAGUCUCUAUAGUUUUACCUUUUCCAGAAUGUCAUAUAAUUGCAGUCAUACAAUGUGUAGCCUUUUCACACUGGCUUUUUUCACCUAGAAAUAUGCAUUUAACUUCUUCCAUGUCUUUUCAUGAGUUUUAAGUGUUGAGUAAUAUUCCAUUGUCUGGAUGUACCAGUUUAUUUCUCAUUCACCUACCAAAGAACAUCUUGGUUGCUUCUAAGUUUUGGCAAUUAUAAGUAAAGCUGCUAUAAAUAUCCAUGUGCAGGAUUUUGUCCUCAACUCCCUUGGGUAAAUACCAAGGAGUGUGAUUGCCAGAUCAUAUGGUUAAGACUAUGUUUAGUUUUGUAAGAAACCACCAAACUGUCCUCCAGUGUGGCUGUACAAUUUUAUAUUCCCACCAGCAAUGAAUGAGAAUUCCUGUUGCUCUACAUCUUCAUCAGCAUUCAGUAUUGUCAAUACUUUGGACUUGUGCCAUUCUAAUAGGUGUGCAGUGUUAUCUUGUUUUAAGUUUGAAUUUUCCUGAAUGCAUUUGAUGUGGAACAUCUUUUCAUAUGCUUAUUUGCCCAUUCCUAUAUCUUCUUUUGUGAAGUGUCUGUUCAGAUCUUUGCUCACUUUUUAAUUGAGUUGUUUGUUUUCUUAUUGAGUUUUAAGAGCUUGUUGUAUAUUUUGGAUAGUUCUUUAUCAGCUAUGUCUUUUGCAAAUAUUUUCUACCAGUGUGUGGCUGUCUUCUCAUUCUCUUGGCACUGUCCUUUAUAGAGCAGAAGUUUUAAUUUUAAUGAAUUAUUAAUUAUUUCUUUCAUGUAUCAUGCCCUUGAUAUUGUAUCUAAAAGUCAUCAUCAAACCAAAGGUCAUCUAGAUUUUCUUCUAUGUUAUCUUCUAGGAGUUUUAUAGUUUUACAUUUUACAUUUGGGUCUGUGUUCCAUUUUGAGUUAAUUUUUAUAAAGAAGUAUAAGGACUGUGUCUGGAUUCAUUUUUUUGUAUGUGGAAUUAUAGCUGUUCUGGCACCAUUUGUUGAAAAGACUAUCUUUUCCCCAUUAUUUGCAUUGCUCCUUUGCCAAAGAUUAGCUAACUGUAUUUGUGUGGAUCUGUUUCUGGGACUCUCUAUUCUGUUCUAUUGCUCUAUUUGUCUAUUCUUUUAUCAAUACCACAAUGUCUUAAUAACUAUAGCAUUAUAGUUUGUCUUGAAGUCAGUAAUGUCAGCCUUCUGACUGUUCUUUUCCUUCAAUAUUUUGUUGACUGUUCUGUCUUCAGACUAUUCUAAAUCUUUCUAUAUAAAUAUUAGAAUCAGUUUGUAACUUGCUGACAUUUUGAUUGGGAUUGCAUUGAAGCUGUAGACCAAAUUAGAAAAAACAGACAUCUUGACAAUAUUGUCUUUCUACCCAUGAUCAUGGAAUAUCUCUCAAUUUAUUUACUGAGUUCUGUGAUUUCUUUCGUUAGUUUUGCUGAGACAUUUUACUUGUCUUCAUUAUUAUAACUUAUGUUAAAUGUUGCCUCCUUUAGGCCUUUUUUGUUUUUUGCAAAUGACAAGCUUUGAUAUGACAUUCUUAGUGUGGAACCAGAGGGAAACAGAGUUUCUUUCUCAGAAAUCCCAUUGCAUCUCAAUGGCUUGGGCAAAGGUUGGGCUAAGUCACCAUCUUUACUCCAGACCUCACUCAGAUAAUAGAGAAGGGUAUGCUCUAGAGGGAGAACAAAGUAUGGUUUCCAAAAGAAAAAUAAAUGCUAGAGGACAAAAAUACAGAUCCUUUUCACAUGUUUUAUCAAAAUCACAUUGCUAUUUCAAAUUCAUAGUAAAUUAAUUAACGUUCCACCCCAAAUAAUAGUGAGAUGUAGAAUGUAGUACUGUGAAUAUCACUCUGAAAAUCUGUAUCUGUUCCCUAAAUUCCUUUAAUUUCAGUUCAUUCUAUAACACAUUUGCAAUCUAGCCUGACUUCAGUUACUUCGAUGAACUGCUGUUGGUCUUUUCUCAAUCUUCAUAAUCUUUAAUUAAUCCUUUUCCUUGAUAAUAUUGGUCACCAUCUCCUUGAAAAAUUCCCCUGUAAUGGUUAUAUGUCUCUGUACCAUUCUGACUUCUACUCGCUCAAGAUUUCUUCUAUGUCCUUCAGUAGUUUCUCUGCUUCUUACCUUCAACAAAUGUAUAUAACCCCAAGUUCUUUUUAAGGUUCCAUUUUUUUCAUUUUCCACAUUUUCUGUCUCUGGGAUUUUGUCUUCUCCCACAAUCUACAUUUCAGCUCUAUGCAGAUGAUUCUAAAGUCACUCUCUUUCUGGUUUUUCUGCUAAUAUCUACGCUUUCUCCUUAUCUCUAGAUCCUUAUUUCUGACUGGCUGCGGGGCAUCACUGCCAAUAUGUAUCAAGUUCAUUGUGUACAAGCCUUGAACUCAUUUUCCCCUCCAAGUUUACUUUCUGCCUGUUUUUGUUCUUUAACACAACUGUUUUCCCCCUAGUAACUCAGGAAGAGAAUACUGGCAUCAUCUAUUACAGCUGUCUCUCCUUUACCAUGACAGUCAGUUGGUUAUCUAAUUCUUUACAUGUUAAUUCUCUAAUAUAUGUUUUACACCAUUCCCUCUCCAUGCCCAUCUCUCUGGUUAAAGUCAUAUCUUGCCCAAACUCUUGGACAACAUACAGCCUCUUUAAGUGAACUCCUGCCCCAUAUUCUGUUCCACUGCCAUAUUGAUUUUUGUGUCUCUGCACAAAAAUCCAUAAUACAGCUACAUUGUUUUUUAAAUAAACAAGAUGUUUAGCCAUUAAUUGAAGAUUGUAUAACACGGUACCAUAACAUCCUUUCUCAGACUUGCUCUCAGGAACCCCCUACAUGUAUCCUUUGCUCCAGUAGUACAGAACCAUUGGAUAGAUACUCCCUUACUGUGCCUUCUUCUUCUCUCCUCACUUGCCUUUGUUUAUUCUAUCUUAUCUGUCUUCCUUUCUUCAUUUCCUUUAACUGUUUACAACCUGCCCAUGUUGCAAGCUUGAACUCAAAUACUCAUACCUUUAGCCACAUCAGAUGAACUGUCCUAACACUUUGUUUCUUCCUUUCUUGUGACAAAUAAUCAGCUUUAUAAUGUUUAAGGACUUAUUUCCAGUAGGUUGUAAAUUUCUUGAAGACUGUUCCUUUUUUCAUUUUUGUACUCUCUGUAACAGCUCUUAGUUCUGGAAUAAGAUUUUUGAAUUUAUAAUUGAUUGUUAUUUUUUUACUUCAUUUUUUCUUCUUACAGAAUUUUAUAGACAUAUCCUUCCUUUUCAUGUUGCAUACCAUUUAAUGAAAGUCACUUUCUCGUUCAUUUUUCUUUCAUCUUGGUGUUAGAGAAAAAUACUCUUAAAGCAAACUAGAAUGUAAAAUACAACCUUUAGACAGGUUGUUAGUGUAAAAUUUAAGUUAUCACUAAGAUUUUCACUUUACAUAUGAUGACCCAUAAACUUACUUAUCUAAUAAUUAAUAUUUAAAUUUUAUCUUUAAGUCAAAAUUGUAAAGUAAUUUAUGUGAGUAUAAAACUUAUGUCAACUAAACAGAGGAUUCCAAACAAAAUAACUGAAUAAUGGAAAGCUCCAGGUUAAAAAUGGGGAAAUAUAUUAAAAUUUCUUUGGUGCCUUGACUUUAUUGCUUAUGGCAAACUUGAUGCUAAAAUGUACCAUACAUCACUGCAGUGACAGGCUUGAGAAAAUGAAAAAUACAAAGCUUUACAUAAAUCAGCCAAAAGAUCAUAUUAAAAUGUAUAACCUUUAACAGAAGAAUCAAGACUUUUACUUUUCACAAUUCACAAGCUUUUUCUUUCUUAUAUAGUUGUUUUAAAUUUUCCAAACAGCUUUAUGGGAAAUAGUAUUUCAAAUUAAUUGUUGACAAAGCCACUGCAUUUUUAAAGAAACAGGUUCACAGAAAUAUAGCCCCAAUUUUAUUAAUGGCCUACUAUUGCUUAGUACUUAAUUUUGAUUUUUGUUGAAAUAAUCUCAUGAGACAAUUAUAUAUUUUACAUGAUUGUAAAAGCCCCCAUUCCUAGAAGUUGUAGCUUUUAAAGAUAUGAUAGUCUCAUAGCCCAUUCUUGGCUCUUUUCAUUUUAUUUUGCUUUAUUUCAGAAAUACCAUCAAAUAUCUUGAAAAACUUUAUAGUGUUAAACUAUCUCUGUGCUUUUAUUUUUUGCUUCAAUCUAACAAAUAUCUAUGAGCACUUACGCUGUUUAAAAAACUGUUAGCCCCUCAUGGAAUUCACUAUAAGUGACAACAAACUACAGAGUAAUUUUAUUUCUAAGUUCAAAUGAAAGUUAUUACAGGUAGUCAUUAUUCCCAGCAUCAUGAUUACAGUGACAGAUAUCUAGUCUGUCUAGAGUGAGGUGUAGGAUAUGAUCCUAUUUUUCUGAAAAAUAUUGAUGGAGUCAAGGAGCUUAUAUAUUCAUUUAUAUUUGAAUGAGGAUGGUAAGGGUGGGCACAUAAUAACCAGAGUGAUAAUAUUGGCUAUCUUGGGGGCAAGGGGCCUGAAGAAGAAAAACAGAAAAGCUUAAUACUUACAUAUCUGUAAUUUGUGACUUUUAUACUGAGCGUAUACAUGUAAAUUUAAAAAUAUUUGAUUAAGAAAAUUAACUACAGGAGGUGGAGAUGGUGUAGUGAGUUCCAGUGCUAAACAAAUAUUUAAAUGUUAUUCUACAACACUUUUGUAGUCUAGGUAGAAAGAUAUAUACUAGGGCCCUUUAAAACUUUCCAUAGAUUUAUAUAUAUAUAUAUAUAUAUAUAUAUAUAUAUAUAUAUAUAUAUAUAUAUAUAUAUUAUAUAUAAAUAUAUAAAUAUGUAUAUAUAUAUAAAAAAAAGAGGACCAGAAGCAUUCAGAUGGCAGGCCUCUUGAGUUUGUUACGCAUGGGAAUUUGCUCUCACCACUCAUAGCAACAUGUAUAAACUCAAAGAUCCUGUCCAGAGAGAUACACUGCCAUUGUCUUUAUGCCACUUCAAAAAUAUUUCCUUACAGAAGGGACAAAGGAAGAAGGAAGAUGAAUGAUGACUUUUACUCACCAACAUUCGCAUUCAGUACAGCUUUUCUACCCCAUCUUCUCCCCCACCUUUGUCUUCAAGCUAAAGAGCAGAAAAAUGAUUUGAUAAGAGGGAGCAAAGCAUUUCACAAGCUUUAAAUCCUAAUUCUACAAACCUCAAUGAUAUAACUUGAGAUUCAGAGAGAUUUUGGCCUUGGGUACUAAGUCACUGCUGCUGCAAAUGGUCAUUGGAUCAGAGUAAUAAAUCAAGCAUCCGAUUCACUCAAAUUUAGAGAGCUACUUGACUCAUUUCUGUCCCUAAUAUAUGGAUUUCAGUAGUAGUAACAAAAUACCACUGUGUCAAGAGGAUCAAACUGGACAGUGGAAAAGUG